UAUUUUUGAGGUGCAAAUUAUUAAUGUACAUCUGUUUGGUCGAAAAAGAAUUUUGAGUGUUUCUUGCCCACCUCUGUGAAAAAGGAGGAACUUUUAAAGAGAAGUGAUUCAUUGCAUGCUUGUCGGCCAUUGUAGCUUCAAUUCAAGAGUUCUUAACCCAUAGUAUUUAUCUUGAAAACUUAGAAAGAUUAUUGAAAACCCAAAAUUUCAGCUUCAUAAUUUCAACUGUCAACAGACGUGGCUGUGUGCUGUUUCGCUUCCUUACUAAUCUUUGAUUGCCCCCAAAUCAAUUAAUAUUUAAUCCCUUUUCUCACUCUAAUCAAAAAGGCUUUUGAUUCAUUGCAUUUGAUUCCAUUUCUUUCCGCGUUCAAAAGCGCUUGUUCUUUUACCAAGAAGAAAAGCUUCAUGGAUCUUUCUCCUUUACUUCUGAAAUGGACUUUUUAGAUUGGAAGAUCCCACCAUUCUUGGGAAAAAUAGAAGAGUGCAAACUCACACGCAUCUACUUCAAUCGAUAUACAUGCCAAAUCUUCUUUCUGGAAUCAUCACAAGGAAUUACAUGAAGUCCUUCAGAUUCUUUGGGAAGACUUUGAUUGCUCUGAGUUAAAUAGCCCUAAAGACUGAAAAUCAUUGACUACAAAUCUAAUCACUUGGAAGGUACCCACAAUGUCCAUGGUUUUUGGGUUGUCGCUUUUAGUUGCUAUUUCUGUUCUUUUACCUUGCAAGGGGUUAAAUUCAGAUGGGAAGUUCCUUCUAGCGUUGAAGAAAAAUAUCACUGAUGAAUUAGGGUACCUCAAGAACUGGAAUGCAAAAGAUGACACCGCUUGUGGAUGGAUUGGUGUGAAUUGCACAUAUGAUUACACUCCUGUGAUUUGGUCUCUCGAUUUGCAUUCAAUGAAUCUUUCAGGAACAAUAACCGCAAGUAUCGGUGGUUUGAGUUCGUUAAUUUAUCUUGAUCUUUCUAAUAACAAUUUCGUUGGCAAAAUUCCUAAAGAAAUUGGGAGUUUAACGAAUUUAGAGAUGCUGUUCUUGAAUGGUAAUCAGUUAGAUGGAGUCAUACCAAAUGAGAUAGGAAAUCUAACUCAUUUGAGUCAUUUGAAUAUAUGCAAUAACCAGAUUUCCGGUUCAAUCCCAGAAACAUUCGGUCAGCUUUCUUCUUUGGUCGAAUUCGUGGCCUACACCAACAAUCUUGAAGGGUCACUUCCGAAUUCCAUCGGAAACCUCAAGAACUUGACCACUUUUAGAGCCGGGCAGAAUGAGAUGACCGGAAGUAUACCCAUGGAGAUCGGUGGUUGUGAAAGCUUACAGUAUUUCGGUGUUGCUCAAAAUAGUUUUGACGGAAAUAUCCCGAAGGAAUUCGGGCAGUUAACAAAGCUGACCGAUCUAAUUCUCUGGAAUAAUCAGUUAACCGGAAUAAUCCCGAAGGAGCUCGGAAACUGUUCGUGGCUUGAGACGCUUGCUUUGUAUCAAAAUAAUCUCGUUGGUGAAAUCCCGAAAGAAAUCGGGAAACUUAAGUACUUAAAGAAGUUAUAUUUAUACAGAAACGGAUUAAACGGAACAAUCCCGAAAGAAAUCGGGAAUCUUUCUUUAGCCAUCGAGAUCGAUUUCUCAGAAAACCAUUUAACCGGAGAAAUCCCGACGGAAUUAAGUCAAAUAAAAGGGCUUACUUUGCUUUACUUGUUCGAAAACCAGCUGCAUGGCGUCAUACCGAGUCAACUCAGUAACUUAAAGAACCUUUCAAAGCUUGAUCUUUCGAUAAACUCGCUCACAGGUCCAAUUCCGGUGGGUUUUCAGUAUCUUCCCAAAAUGUAUCAGUUGCAGCUUUUUAGCAAUUCGUUAAACGGAACAAUUCCACAAAGAUUUGGGCUUUACAACCGACUUUGGGUGGUUGAUUUUUCCGACAAUAUGUUAACCGGAACAAUCCCGCCGUAUACCUGUCGGAAGGGUAACCUGAUGUUACUGAAUCUUGAAUCGAAUAAUCUUUAUGGAAAUAUCCCAGAUGGAAUUAUUAAAUGCAAAUCGCUUGUUCAGCUUCGUCUCAGUGAUAACAAGAUAACCGGAAGCUUUCCUUCAUCGGUGUGCAAUUUAGUUAACAUAUCUGCAAUCGAAUUGGGGCAAAACAGGUUCAGUGGUCCGAUUCCCAAUGGAAUCGGGAAUUGUAAAAAGCUACAACGACUUGAUCUUUCCGGGAACUAUUUCUCAUCGGAAUUACCUAACGAGAUUCAGAAAUUAACCCAUUUGGUGACGUUUAAUAUCUCAUCAAAUUUAAUCACCGGAAGAAUACCUCUCGGGAUUCUCAAUUGCAAAACGCUUCAACGCCUUGAUCUCAGCCGGAACAGAUUUUCCAACCAAAUCCCGCCGGAGAUCGGCGGCCUUUUUCAGUUAGAGCUUCUGAUGAUCUCAGAAAACAAACUUUCCGGCAACAUCCCUCCUGCCAUUGGUAACCUCUCUCGCUUAACUGAAUUGCAGAUGGGUGGCAAUUCCAUCUCCGGCGAAAUCCCCCCAGAGCUCGGAUCACUUACAAGCUUACAAAUCGCUCUAAAUCUCAGCCACAAUAAUCUCUCCGGCGAGAUCCCUCCUCAGCUUGGAAACCUCAUAUUACUCGAAAACCUUCUCCUCAACAACAAUCAAUUUUCCGGCGAAAUCCCAGCCACCUUUGCAAAUCUUUCAAGCCUAAUGACGUGUAACUUUUCCUACAAUAAUCUCAACGGCCCAUUACCUUCCAUACCAUUAUUUCAAAACAUGGCACUCAGUAGCUUCACCGGAAACAAUGGCCUCUGUGGCGGCCCUUUACCGAGCUGUGGCGGAACCACCGGUUCCCUCCCAUCUCCGCCUUCUUUCCGAAGCAUCGAAACUCCCAGGGGCAAAAUCAUCACAAUAAUCGCGGCGGUUGUCGGCGGGGUAUCUCUCAUUCUCAUCAUAGUCAUCUUAUAUUUCAUGAAAAAAACCGCAACACAAAACAUCACCUCUUUGGAAAACGAUACCGAAGGAUCAUCUCCCGUUUCAUCGGACAUAUAUUUCCCGCCAAAAGACGGUUUCAAGUUUCAAGAUUUGGUGGAGGCCACAAGAAACUUCCACGACAGUUAUGUAAUCGGAAGAGGGGCAGUUGGGACAGUUUAUAAAGCGGUUAUGCAAUCGGGAAGAACAGUUGCAGUGAAAAAGCUUGCUUCAAAUAGAGAAAGUGGGAACAUGGAGAACAGUUUUCAAGCGGAAAUCUUGACACUUGGAAAGAUUAGACAUCGAAACAUUGUGAAACUUUACGGGUAUUGCCACUACCAAGGGUCUAAUUUGUUGCUUUAUGAGUAUAUGGCAAGGGGUAGUUUGGGGGAAUUGCUUCAUAAUGGUUUGUCUUGUAGUUUGAAUUGGCCAACUCGGUUUACAAUUGCUCUUGGGGCAGCUCAAGGUUUGGCGUAUUUACACCAUGAUUGUAAACCGAGGAUUAUUCAUCGCGAUAUUAAGUCGAAUAAUAUUUUACUUGAUGAGAAUGCGGAAGCUCAUGUUGGUGAUUUUGGAUUGGCUAAAGUCAUUGACAUGCCUCAGUCUAAGUCCAUGUCAGCGGUUGCUGGUUCUUAUGGUUAUAUCGCUCCGGAAUAUGCAUAUACGAUGAAGGUGACAGAGAAAUGCGAUAUAUACAGUUAUGGGGUAGUUCUCUUAGAGCUAGUAACAGGAAGAGCCCCAGUGCAACCACUAGAUCAAGGAGGAGAUCUUGUUACAUGGGUAAGAAGUUACAUCCGAAAGCAUUCAUUGGGUGUUGGGAUUCUUGAUAGUCGUUUGGAUCUUGAAGGCGAUGCACGUACAUCAAAUCACAUGCUUUCUAUCUUGAAAGUAGCAAUAAUGUGCACAAAUAUGUCACCAUUUGAUAGACCUUCUAUGAGAGAAGUUGUGUUGAUGCUAAUCGAAUCAAAUGAAAGAGUUGGAAACCUUGUUUGUACGGUGUACGAUGAUCCUUGUUUGAAAGAUGAUCAAUUCUUGUGAAUGGAUGGAAACUUAUUGCUAGGUUUCUAUUAACUAAAAUGAUUAUGAUUCUUAUUUUCUUGGUUUUUGAUCACUUUGUGGUUUACUUAAUUUUAUGAGAUUGUACAUAAUAAUGUUCCUCUUGUGUUUUUUGGGGGUAGUUUGUGUUACUCGACGUUUAUAUGAUAUGAUUACAAAAUACUUUUAACUUA